AUGCCGCCGCCGCCUGGCUUGCCUGACAGCAUCAGAAGACCAGGGGUAUUGUAUACUCGGCCGUACAAGCCUCCUCUACCGACCCUCCCAUCGCGAGCAUCGCAACAGACCAGGUCCACAGAGGUUCAGCUGCCACCGCUCAUUGCUGGGGCGUUGAAUGCCGCCUUCGCAAAGAUCCUGGCUGACGGACUCGACAAUGAGCUUCUGACUCACUACUACAUCGGCGAGCAGAAAUUUCCCGUCAACCUCGACCGUGUAAUCGAUCGCCUCAUGUCAAAGUUCACCUCGGAGCUCUGGGACGAGCUUUAUCAGUUUUACCAAGAGGCAGGCUCCGAGCCUUCGCGACAAGUCACCCUGCUCUUUGAAGGUCCGAUCCGCCAAAUAAUCUUGAUCCUCAACGGCCCCGAGGCGGCCAGGUGUAUUCUCGACAAACUUGCGCCUGGCUUGUCGCAGAGGAAGGAAUCAUGGUCGACGAGCGCAGGUGGAAUAGACCUGGCUCUGUCAUUGCAGCUUCUCUGUAGCUAUUGGCACCGAGAGAUGUCUUCGCAGUCUCCGGGAGGCUCUCCAGAAGAUAUUGCCCGCAACCUCAACGCACAAAUAAUCAACGGAAGCUCCGCAAAAAACCUUAUUGCUUCCAUUCGUAAUGUUCUAAUGACUCCGCACUAUGUCCAGGUUCACAUCACCGAGUCCGCAAUCUGGAACAUUCUUCUGAAACGACCGUUUCCUCCCCCCACAGAUGGCUUCCAUGUCGUCCAAUUCAAAUUCGAUUGUGAGCUAUUUGGGCCUCUGGACGGAAUUGCCGAUCCGCAAUUGGUCAAUAUUGGCUCGUUGCCGGCCAUCACAGGCACGGCACAAGAAUGCGUGUAUACUACCGUGGAGGAGUAUAUUGAAAAGGCGUGGCCCAAGUGCGGCUCCAUAGUAUUGAAAUGUCUCGAAGAAGCCGUCGGCAGCGCCUCGCUGUCCUGCCAGCAGGGCGAACCCAUGUCAGGCCUGUCUAUAUGGGAUGCAAGCGACGAGCUAGGACCUUUCUGCCCUGGCUUGCGACUCCUUCACGUCGAGUUGGAGAACUCGGCGGUUCGACUGACUGUUUCUGGCUGGUCUCAUAAUAUGAUUGAGAUAUUCCAGCAAAUGUCUUGGCUGUGUGCGGUAUUAAGUGCAUCACCUUUUCCCGGCGCACUUUCCGAGUGCGUCACCUCCAUAUCGGACUACACAUAUAUGAACGACUCGGUAUAUGUUAACUGCAGUCUAGAGCACCGGCCUGUCCCUGACGGCGAUGGAUCACCCUGGUUGCAGCGGAUGCAGGGAGCGGCCAUGGCAAGCGGAUUUCCCGUGCGCGGGCUCACCUCCACGCAACUUUGA